UAGCCACCAUAGAGGCAGGCAGCAGGUGUUCUGUGGCAGGUGUUCUGUGGGCACAUGUAAAGAGUGCGCAGCGCGCCCGCUCGAGCUAGAGGUACUGUAUAUGCUACCUUGAAAGCAUUAUACAGUAACUAACUCGAGCCACGAAGAGUAGGGCAGCACCGAAGCUGUUGUCAUGCAGUAGUGAUUUCUUUCCUGCUGUCCGUGACGGAGAUAAGUGGUAGGUGUUGUGUGGAUUAGUCGCGGAGCCUGGCCUGGCCAUGGAACACCUGGCGCCGAGCGAGCCGUGUUUGCCUACAACGCUGGCCAUGGGUAAACCGAGGAAGAAGCGCACGGCCGAAGAAGAAGCCGCCUACCGCGAGGCUCGGCGUGCAGCGGACCGUGAGCGUUGUCGUCUACGACGAUUAGAUCCCGUUUACAUGGCCAGUGAAAGAAUCAAGAAGCGACAACGAAGAUUGGACCCGGAGAAGCGACAACGAAGAUUGGACCCGGAGUAUGCAAAGCGAAGGCGCGAGGCAGAAGCGGCACGGAGGCGAAAACAGCGACAAUUGGCCGGUCUAAAGGCCCGCCCUGCUGCCGGCGUUCCACAUCCAAGGUUGCACCGCAACCAGUACACAUCGUGUGAGAAAACCGUGUCCAAAUCAACAGAGGCUAAUAUAGUCCCCAAGAUACACCAUGUAUCGACGCAAAUUGAACACAAGGUUUCUACAACGCCUGCCCACCAGCGAAUGUGCCACAGCCAAUCAAAGGAUAUGCUGCCAUAACAACUUGCCCGACUUUCAACGUAAUGACAAGAGUGCCAACCUCAGCAGAAGCAGUUUCCAGAGAGAGGUAAGCACAGCUGGCCACGGUGACCACUCAAAACUGUGAUGCACAUGCUGCGCAUGAGAGCAGGUACGCAGUUCUCACAUCACAGCACUGCCAGCAUACACGAAGUUGCAGGGACAAAGGAGGAAAUUGCAGUUAGAAGAAGUGCAAGGCACGUGCCAGCAACCAGCAAACUCGAACUUGUGGCGUA